AUGAUCUCCCUCACACGCGUUUUGUUUUCCGUGUGCAGCAUUAUCACGUGUGCCGUAACCAUGAAGUACUACGUGGAGGAGAACGUGUCUCAGAGAUCCUGCACCACCAUUCGUCAUGUCGUGAAGAUGAUGGCCACCAUCUCAGAAACCCUCAUCUUCUUCUUCCUGGGUGUCGUUACCAUAACGACCGACCACGAGUGGAACUGGGCCUACAUCAUGUUCACGCUGCUUUUUGCCUUCAUCUGGCGAGGACUCGGGAUUCUGGUGUUGACGCAGAUCGUCAACCCCUUCCGCACCAUCCAGUUCACUUUCAAGGACCAGUUUGGACUGGCCUACGGAGGCCUGCGAGGGGCAAUCUGCUUCGCCCUGGUCUUCACUUUGCCCGAGACUGUCAACAGAAGGAACCUGUUUGUCACGGCUUCAAUCGCCAUCAUUAUUUUCACUGUUUUCAUCCAGGGAAUCAGCAUCCGUCCCAUAGUGGAGUAUUUAAACAUCAGGAGAACCAACAAAGUCCUGACCUCCAUCAACGUAGAGAUUCACACCAGGGUGAUGGAGCACGUUGUUUGUGGUAUCGAGGACCUGUGUGGACAGUGGAGUCACUACUACUGGAAAGACAAGUUUAAGAAGUUCAACGAUCGUAUUUUGAGGCGUAUCCUGCUCCGACACAACAAGGCCGAGUCCAGCAUCGUGUCCCUGUAUAAGAAACUGGAGCUGCAGAACGCCAUCGACCUCCUGGACACGCCUCUGGGGGACCUCAGUGCAGCGCCCUCUGUUGUCUCUCUGCACGAUGAGAUGGUGGAGGCGUCUCGACCGAAGAGGAAGUUCCUGGCUGCUGACGUGAACAAGAUGCACGACAUCCUGUCGAAGAAUAUGUACAAGAUCCGACAGAAGACGAUGGCGUACACCAACAAGUACAAUCUGCCCGACGACAGCCGAACCAGGGAGAUUCUGAUCCGCCGCCACGCGAGCAUCAGGCGAAGCCUUCGUGCAGAAAGUUUCCGUGAGGUGUCGGAACAAAACCUCCCCAGGUCUCAGAGAUACUUCUCCCUCCAACCUGGAGCAGAUCUGGAGUCAGCCUUUCCCCUCAGAAGACGAAGUCACGGUGGUAGUGAGCUGGACCGUCUCUCAGCUCGUCUCCAGGCGAGCGGUGCGUCGCCCCGCUCCUCCGCCCGCUCCUCCGCCCGCUCUCUGGUUUCUCGGAGAUUGAACACCAUCAAGGAGGCAGGAAGUGCUGGGACACGACCAGCUGCGUCUGCUGGGCCGCGAUCUCCAUCAGACACUUCGGACGAGGGGGGUCCAGGGGGUUCCAGCUUCAGAGCCAGGAGAGGUCCCGUUCCUGUACCCAGGAGACGCAGCUCAGAGCGGGCAGAGGGACACGAAGACCCUGCCGACCCUCAGCUUCCAGGAAGAGGAGGCGUGGAAGCAGCGCGUCCUCCGCAGCUACCGCCGCCUCAUGGCUGGGUACCUGAGAACCAGGAAUCAGGAGAAGCUGAGGCAGGAAAUCCUUUACUCAGAACCUUGUCACAUGGGCCUCGAGGUUCAGGGAGAUCAUGAUGGUCACAGGAAGUGCACCUCCAUCCUCGGAGCUGAAAUUAGAAUAUUCUGAACUCAACCAGUUGUUUCAUUUCCACCUCUUGUGUAUAUAAGAUAAAAACUGCGAUGCCACGUUCUGUAUAGUAAACGUGUAGGAAAUAUUUAAAAUGAGAAGACAGUAUAUUGUCUACAAGUGAGUUUUAUUUUUUUAACAGCAGGAUUUUUUAAUAUUGCGAAAGUAUGAAAAUAAAUCUCAACAAACCUCAA